GUUGAAUGGGCUGCGCUUGGUGAAAAGCGAGAGUCUGGAGGCAGUGAGCCAGGUGACCCAGCUGGACUUAAGAGACAAUUGCUUAGGCUCACUAGACCUGAGCUCCGUCUGCAACCUGGAGACUCUGCACUGCCAGCGCAACCAGCUGGGGACACUCACACUCAGCGGUUUCACACUGCGCAUGCUUCAUGCCAGCAGCAACCGCCUUACAACAGUCAACAUCUAUCCCGUCCCUAACCAGCUGACACACAUGGACCUAUCGCAGAACCUUUUGGAGUACCUUCCAGACUGGGUGUGUGACUGCAGAAAAAUUGAGAUGCUGGACGUCACGCACAACCUCCUGUCUGAGCUUCCUUCCAG